AAAAAAAAAAGUGCAGACUGGGAAAAAAGGCCGAAAUCAUAACGCUUGAUUGGAUCCUCCACAUCAGAUCCAGUGUGGGAACCCCUGAGGCUGGACCCGACCUGCCUUGCCACUUGUGAUCCGGUUCUGUCGGAGUUCUACGUGGCACAUUAUUGAGCAUGUCCUCCUUAUAAAGCUGAAGUGAGCUUUUUUUUUUUUUUUUUUAAUUUUAUUUAUUUUUUUUAAUUUACCUGCCGCGCACAACAAACAGGGUGAGUCUGUCUAUGGCCAUGGCCCACGGCACCAGUAUCCAGUAUGAGCCAGUGGCAGAGAUCGGAGGAGGUGCUUACGGGACGGUUUAUAAGGCCCGAGACAUAGAAAGCGGACAGUUUGUGGCUCUGAAGAGCGUACGUGUCCAGACGGACCAAAACGGCCUCCCGGUCUCCACAGUCAGAGAGGUGGCCCUGUUGAAAAGGCUGGAGCAGUUUGACCACCCAAAUGUGGUCAGGCUUAUGGAUGUAUGUGCAACCCAGAGGUCGGACCAAGAGACUAAAGUCACUCUGGUGUUUGAACAUGUGGACCAAGACCUCAAGACGUACCUGGAGAGAGCCCCGUCUCCAGGAUUACCGCCUGGCCACAUUAAAGAUCUGAUGAGGCAGUUGCUGUGUGGCCUUGCAUUCCUUCACUCUAACCGCGUGAUGCACCGAGACCUGAAACCGGAGAAUAUUCUGGUAACCAGCCAAGGCCAGGUGAAGUUAGCUGACUUUGGACUGGCCAGGAUCUACAGCUGCCACAUGGCCCUCACUCCUGUGGUGGUGACACUGUGGUACCGACCCCCUGAGGUUCUGCUGCAGUCCAGUUACGCCACACCUGUGGACAUCUGGAGCACCGGCUGUAUCUUUGCUGAGAUGUUCAGACGCAAACCUUUGUUUUGUGGAGAGUCAGAAGUGGAUCAGCUUGGGAAAAUCCUUCAAGUUAUUGGCUUGCCACCAGAGGAGGAGUGGCCGACCGACGUUACACUCUCGAGAAAAAACUUCCCCCCUCCUUUACGUCGGCCAAUCACUGACUUUGUUCCAGAGAUAAAUAAGCAGGGGGAGCAACUAUUGCUGAAAAUGCUGACCUUCGACCCCUUCAAGCGAAUAUCUGCCCUGAAAGCCCUAGAACACGAAUAUUUCCGGGACGAGGAGACAUUGACUCAGACAAAAAGCUGUAAUGAUGCAGUGAAACAUGCAGCGAGAGGUAACAGUGUCUAAGUUUAGACCUGGCCUUAACCGUAAAAAAAAAAGGAUUUUAAUUUCAUUCAGUGCAUUGCCUUUUCAAGACAUCUGGGUUAUGCUGUGGGAUAUUUUUUAUUGUCAUCAAAAAGGAUUAAAGCCUGAGAAAUGGAAUAAAAUGAAAAAAACAAAACAAAAAAAAAGAAGAGGAGUGAACUUAAGGAUCACUGGCAUGAUUUCCAACAUGUAAAUGUCACGAUUAAUGAUGUUCACAUGUCAUGUCUGCAAGGACAGUACCAGUGUUUUUGAUGUUUGCUUUCUGUAUCAGUCUCGUCAGCAGGGACUGGUAAACAGAUACAGCUGUCGUCUCCUCUGAAAUGUUGCCCUCGUUAUUUUUUUUUUAUUUUUUUUUGUACAGUGUUUAGACAGAAGGAAAAGGGAGAUGUCGUCUUUUCGCGUUACAGGCUGAACAAUGUCUGACAGAAGUGACACCUCAGGGUUAGAACAGCCAGUUGUCAGUGAUUUUUACUGUAUUUGUAUUAUUUAUCCUACAAAAGAAAACACCACGAGCCUGUGACGGGCAAUAAGCUGUAUGAAAAAUCACGAAGAAGAGAAAGAAUAGUCCAAAAUAGAAAAGACGCACAUGACAAAAAUACUGGUAUUGCCCUUAAAUACUCUCAUAAAGUAAACGAGAUAGUUUCUUCAGAGGACUGAAGGGUUGGACUUUUCAUGUUUAAUUUUUUUUUUUUUGCUAAAACUGAUUGAAAACAACCAGGACUGCAACUACAAAUGAAUAAAAACAAAUAUUUUAAUCACAUUCAGACUUUCACUUGUGUAUUAUGUGAUCCUCUGGAAAAAAAAAAAAACCCUGAAAUGUUUUGUGUAAAAUGCAAAGAACUAUAUUAAAUAUUAACAGUAGCCUCAUUAUACUGCUUUUGUUCUCUAACUUUGAAUAAACAGUGAACGAAUGUGGCUCUGAA